UUUGCUCACGUGUCCUCAUGCCAGCUCCGCCCCACGCCGGAAGUUCCGGUGGCGGAUCGCCGAUCGGGCGGAGCUGAUCGCUGCGCGGGCUGCGAGAUCUAGGUGGCCGGGCGCGGAGCCCAAGCCGUGCCGCGCGGCGCCAUGAAGGGCAAGGAGGAAAAGGAGGGCGGCGCGCGGCUGGGCACUGGCGGCGGCAGCCCUGAUAAAAGCCCGAGUGCGCAGGAGCUCAAGGAGCAGGGGAACCGGCUCUUCGUGGGCCGCAAGUACCCGGAGGCGGCGGCCUGCUACGGCCGCGCCAUCACCCGGAACCCACUUGUGGCAGUGUACUACACCAACCGGGCCCUGUGCUAUCUGAAGAUGCAGCAGCCUGAACAAGCACUCGCUGACUGCCGGAGAGCCCUGGAGCUGGAUGGGCAGUCUGUGAAGGCGCACUUCUUCCUGGGGCAGUGCCAGCUAGAGAUGGAGAGUUACGAUGAGGCCAUUGCCAAUCUGCAGCGAGUGUCCACUCCCCCAGCCUAUAGUUUGGCCAAGGAGCAGCGACUCAACUUUGGGGAUGAUAUUCCUAGUGCCCUUCGCAUUGCUAAGAAGAAGCGCUGGAACAGUAUCGAGGAGCGUCGCAUCCACCAGGAGAGUGAGCUGCACUCUUAUCUCACCAGGCUCAUUGCUGCUGAGCGAGAGAGGGAACUGGAAGAGUGUCAGCGGAACCACGAGGGUGAUGAAGAUGAUGGCCACAUCCGUGCCCAGCAGGCCUGCAUUGAGGCCAAGCACGAUAAAUACUUGGCAGACAUGGAUGAGCUCUUCUCUCAGGUGGACGAGAAAAGAAAGAAGCGAGAUAUCCCUGACUACUUGUGUGGCAAGAUAAGCUUUGAGCUGAUGCGGGAACCCUGCAUCACACCCAGUGGUAUCACCUAUGACCGGAAGGACAUUGAGGAGCACCUGCAGCGUGUGGGUCACUUUGACCCCGUGACCCGGAGCCCUCUGACCCAGGAACAGCUCAUCCCCAACUUGGCCAUGAAGGAAGUCAUUGAUGCAUUCAUCUCUGAGAACGGCUGGGUAGAGGACUACUGAGGCCCCAUGUCCUGCCUGGCACCCUGGCCCAGGAGGGUCUGGGGACAGAAGCUCCAGUCCCUGUAUAUAGUUUGAGUCCCUGGGCCUGCCCCCAUCAGUCCUCCUGAUGGGUUCUGAACUGCUCCCCUUCUCGGCAUACCCCUUGCUGGGCCAUGAGCCUCCCUUGUCCCCCUUCUGGGCUGGAAAGUGGGUGAGGGUGGGCUGAGGUUGCUGCUGCUGCCACUGUCCUGUAAUAAAGUCUGUGAGCACUACA